AACAGCAAUGGCCUCUUUGGGCAUCUUGUCACCAUGUCUUGUUUGGCUUCUUUGUUUCAUCACCUUCCUUGGCAGCCUACCAGAGGCCACCUGCAGUGAAAGAGAAAAUGACCAACAAGCACUCCUCUGCUUCAAGUCCCAGCUAUCUGCUCCAGCUGAUGUUUUUGCCACAUGGAGCAAUGCAUCCUUGGAGUUUUGCAGCUGGCACGGGAUCACUUGCAGCCAACGGUCUCCUCGCCGUGUUAUUGUGCUGGAUCUCGCAUCAGAAGGAAUCACAGGUACCAUAUCGCCUUGUAUUGCAAAUCUCACAUCUCUUACAAGGUUGCAACUGUCAAACAAUAGCUUCCACGGGAGCAUACCAUCAGAGCUUGGACUACUCAGCGAACUCAGCAGUCUGAACUUAAGCAUGAACUCUCUUGAAGGUAACAUCCCUUCUGAGCUUUCUUCAUGUUCCCAACUUCAAAUCCUUGGAUUGUGGAACAAUUCUCUUCGUGGUGAGAUCCCAUUUGGCCUUAGUCAAUGCAUCCAUCUUCAGGAGAUCAACCUUAGCAACAACAAUCUAGAAGGAAGCAUUCCCUCUACUUUUGGUACUCUUCCAGAGCUGCGAAUACUAGUUCUCGCUAGCAACAAGCUUAGUGGUGCCAUACCGCCCUCUUUGGGCAGCAGCCUUUCUCUCAAAUACGUUGAUCUUGGGAGAAAUGCUAUCACUGGAGGGAUUCCAGAGUCCUUGGCUAGCUGUUCAUCUCUCCAAGUACUUAGGCUCAUGAGAAACAGUCUUAGUGGAGAACUCCCAGGGGCUCUCUUCAACUCCUCAUCACUUAUUGCCAUUUGUCUCCAAGAAAACAAAUUUGUUGGUUCUAUACCAUCUGUUACUGCAACCUAUCCCUUAGUAAAACAUCUUCAUUUGGGUGGGAACUCUCUCUCAGGAACAAUACCAGCCUCAUUAGGGAAUUUUUCUUCCCUACUUGACCUUCGUCUUACACGAAAUAAUUUAGUCGGGAGCAUUCCUGAGAGCAUAGGCUAUUUGCCUACAUUAAGUUUACUGAACUUGAAUUUAAACAACUUGUCUGGGCCAGUACCACCCUCUCUCUUCAAUAUGUCCUCCUUAACAACUCUUGCUAUGGCAAACAAUUCACUCAACGGAAGAUUGCCAUCCCACAUCGGCUAUACACUACCAAAAAUUCAGAUACUAAUCCUCACGUCAAACAAGUUUGAUGGUCCAAUUCCAGAUUCUCUACUCAAUGCCUUCCACAUGAAAUGGCUUUACCUAAGAGGAAACAUGCUAACUGGGCCAGUGCCAUUCUUUGGAUCAUUGCCAAAUUUGGAAGAACUAGAUCUGUCAUAUAACAUGCUAGAUGCAGGAGACUGGGAUUUUGUCUCUUCACUCUCAAAUUGCUCCAGAUUGACAAGACUGGAUCUGGCUGGGAACAAUUUCCAAGGGGAAUUGCCAAGUUCUAUUGGCAAUCUUUCUCGUAGUCUCAAGGUAUUGAGGCUAAGGGACAACAAAAUUUCUGGGCACAUACCACCCGAGAUGGGCAAUCUCAAGAACCUCAAUGAAUUGUACAUGGAUUACAAUCGCUUCACUGGUAGUAUACCACCAACAAUUGGGAAUCUGAAAAGUUUGGUGGUUCUAGCUGGGGCACAAAACAGAUUCUCAGGCACAAUCCCUGAUGCUAUUGGCAACCUUGUUCAGCUGACAGAUCUGAAAUUGGAUGCCAACAACUUGAGUGGCAGGAUACCUGCAAGUUUAGGACGUUGUACUCAACUCCAAAUACUCAAUCUUGCUCACAAUGCACUAGAUGGUAGUAUACCAAGAGUAAUCCUCAAAAUUUCUUCUCUUUCUCAAGAAUUUGACUUGUCACACAACUACUUGUCUGGAGCAAUACCAGAGGAAAUUGGCAAUCUCAUCAAUUUGAAUAAACUUAGCAUCUCAAACAACAUGUUGUCUGGCAACAUCCCGUCCGCUCUUGGCCAGUGUUUGCUUCUGGAAUAUCUUAAGAUGCAAAACAACUUAUUUGCAGGAAGCAUUCCACAAUCUUUUGCAGAACUGAGAGGAAUGAAAGAGUUGGAUAUUUCUCGGAACAAUUUGUCUGGAAAAAUACCAGAGUUCUUCACGUCCUUGAAUUCUCUCCAUUACCUCAAUUUAUCCUUCAACAAUUUUGAUGGAGCAGUUCCAAGAGGCGGUAUUUUUGCCAAUGCUAGUGCAGUGUCAAUCGAAGGAAAUGAUCAGCUGUGCUCUAGCGUUCUAACAGGAGGUAUCCCUCUUUGUUCAGCACUGGGUGAUGACAGGAAAAGCAAGCACACUUAUUUGGUUCUAGUUGCCAAGAUAGUAAUACCAGUUGUUAUAAUCAUACUGUUUUGUCUUGCCGCAUUUUUGGGGAGGAAGAGAAUGCAGGCACAAGCACAUUUGCAACAACUCAAUAAGAACAUUACAUAUGACGACAUCGUAAAGGCAACAGAUAUGUUCUCUUCUACUAACUUAAUUGGCUCAGGUUCAUUUGGAAAGGUUUACAAGGGUAGCAUGGGGCUUCACAAAGAUCAAGUGGCCAUCAAGAUUUUUAACCUCAACAUAUAUGGAGCACAUAGGAGCUUCCUUGCAGAAUGUGAAGCCCUCAGAAAUGCCAGGCAUCGAAAUAUUGUAAAAAUCAUUACUUUAUGCUCUUCAGUGGAUCCUACUGGGGCUGAUUUCAAGGCCAUAGUUUUCCCUUAUAUGCUGAAUGGGAACCUAGACAUGUGGCUAAAUCAGAGGGCGCAUGAACAUAGUCAAAGAAACAUUCUGACUUUAAGUCAAAGAAUCAAUGUAGCAUUGGAUUUAGCAAAUGCAAUGGAUUAUCUUCACAACCAAUGUGCGUCUCCAUUAAUACACUGUGACCUGAAGCCAAGCAAUAUUCUUUUGGACCAUGGGAUGGUGGCAUAUGUCAGUGACUUUGGCCUAGCAAGGUUUCAGUGUACUAAAUCAAGUACCCAUAAAGAUAGUUCAGCAACUUUGCCUGGCCUAAAAGGGUCCAUCGGAUAUAUCCCACCAGAGUAUGGCAUGAGCCAAGACAUAUCAACCAAGGGUGAUGUUUAUAGUUUCGGAGUGCUCCUGCUGGAAAUGAUGACAGGUUGUCGUCCCACUGAUGAAAAAUUCAGUAAUGGUACGAACCUGCAUGAGUUUGUUGACAGAGCAUUCCCAAAGAACAUCAAUGAGGUUGUUGAUCCUACCAUGCUACAAGAUGACAUCAGCGCAAACAAUGUUCUACAGAAUUGCAUAAUUCCCUUGGUCAAAAUAGGACUGUCCUGUUCCAUGACAUCACCCAAAGAGCGGCCUGGAAUGGACAAAGUUUCUACAGAAAUCCUUGCGAUCAAGAAUAUGUUCUCAAGCAUACAUGAACAUGAUCAAUCGAAAUAGGGGACGGAUAGUGCCUAGAUCUAGUGAUUUAACUGUACAUCACUAAUGUACUAUGUGAUGCUUUCGCAUCUCCUUUCGGAUUCUGUAUAGUUAAUCAAACUUGCAUUCAUCUGCAGAAA